CUGGUGACACUCAACUGGUCCAUCAUCACUUUCACUUCCAGUCGGUGACACUCAACUUAUCUAAACUUAUCACUCAUGGAACAACACCACCAUUUCACCACCCUUCUCCUCCACAUCUCCGCCCUCCUCCUCCUCACCAUCUCACCACUCUUCGCAACCGCAAUCGGCAUCAACUACGGCCAAAUCGCCAACAACCUCCCCUCACCACAGCAAGCAGUCCCCUUAGUCAAAUCCACCGGUGCAAACAAACUCAAACUCUACGAUGCAAACCCUACCGUCCUCAAAGCAUUCGCCAACACCGGCAUCGCUUUCACCCUCGGCAUCGGCAACGAAUACCUUACAAAACUACAAGAUCCAUCCGCUGCUGAAAACUGGAUCCAAUGCAACGUUAAACCCUAUCUUCCGGCGACUAAAAUCACCUCCAUUGCCAUUGGAAACGAAGUGCUGACGUCAAAUGACACGUCACUUUCCGGCUACUUACUUCCGGCGAUGGAGAACAUUCAUUCUGCUCUGGUUAAGUUUAACCUAGACCAGAAGAUAACCGUUACAACAGCACACUCACUUUCCGUCAUGGCAACGUCAUAUCCUCCGUCUUCUGGAACUUUCCGGUCGGAUUUAAACGGAGUAAUGUCUCCUGUUUUGGAUUUUCUCGUUAAAACGUGUUCGCCGUUUUUAAUAAACGCGUAUCCGUUCUUCGCGUUCGAGCGAAACCCUAAGGAUGAGUCCUUGGAUUUCGUACUGUUUCAACCUAACGCCGGAGUUGUUGAUUCUGACAACAAUUUGCGUUACGAUAACAUGUUAUUACGAUAA